UGGGGAUUGUUUCAGGAAACUCUGGGAGGAGGUAGGCUAGCUUUCCCGGAACACUGCUCUCUAUCUGACAUGAGCCCAGCUUGAUACUCUCACAUCAUGAAGUGGGAAGGAAUAGUGAACAGCCUGAUGAACGGUUGCAGGGAAUAUGUACUCAGUUACAGCACUGAAACACGCCAUGGCCAUGCAAAACAGCACGUCAAACACAUCUGCAUUAAGCUAUAGUUUUGUGCACCGUAUGAUUCAUUUUACUGCUAUUUUUUAUCUUAUCCUGCACACAGUGUGUGUGAGAGAGUCCACAGAUGUCCAGAUGUUUGAGUCAGUGUGUUUAUGUGUGUAACAUUGCCAACUUCUUACUCAGCUCUUUAUGAUAAAAGUGUUGAAGAACUAGCACUUUGGGAUGGAUCAACACAAUGUGCAGCUGUGAUUCUGUCACGUGUUUUGAGUUCCUGUUUGCCCUUAUUUGGUAGUUGCUUUGCUCAUUAGUUAAUCCUCGUUAUAGUUCAUUAGCUUCCACCUGUGUUUGUUAAUUAUCCCUUUAGUCCCUCGUUUGGUUAGCAUUUAUAGCCCUGCCUUUCCCCUGUUUCUUUGUCCUGUGUCAUGUUGUUUUAUGUGGUUGUAUUUCUUGAUUUUCCCAUGUGGAUUUAUUAAAGACUUUAUUUGUUUAUUUGCCUCCUUUGAGCUCCCUGCUCCAGCAACCUGUGACAGAAGACAGGACCUAAAGAUGACUGCACCUGAGCACGUGUUGUGGGGUUUGCGGCAGGGUGGUCAGAGGUUGGAGCGAUAUGUGGAGGGUUUUCUCGAGCUCUCUAACCAACACCGCUCUAGCCCCCGCUGGAACACGCCGCGACUCCCCAGAUCACCUCAUGCCGAGAACCUCCACAUACUGCACUAAUGGCUCGGACCGCCUGCCCUGCCCCAAAUAUCCCAGAGUUAUCCAAAGCUCUACCCUCGUCCUCAAUUCAGAAACGCCAUCCGCGGGGAAGUCAAGCCUGCCGUCCGCGGCUCACUCUAGCCCUCCAGUGUGGGCUCCAGCCCCAGAGCUCGCUCCAGUGUCGGCUCCGGCCCCAGAGCUCCUGGAUAUGGUGCUACCCCCGGAGUUCUCGGCACCUAUCCUCACUCCAGUGCGCCCUCCAGUGCCCGCUCCUCCAGAAUGCCCUCCAGAGCGCCCCCCAGAAUUCCUGGAGGGGGGCUAUAUGCCCGUGGCUAUGGUGGAGGAUCCACCGUGGCCGCCCGACUGCCCUAAUCCACUGUGGCCUCCGGAAAGGCCCGAUGGAACUAUUACGGGCUUGGGACGCGCCUUCCGGGAGGGGGGCGAACUGUCACGUGUUUGAGUUCCUGUUUGCCCUUAUUUGGUAGUUCCUGUGCUCAUUAGUUAAUCCUCGUUAUAGUUCAUUAGUUUCCACCUGUGUUUGUUAAUUAUCCCUUUAGUCCCUCGUUUGGUUAGCAUUUAUAGCCCUGCCUUUCCCCUGUUUCUUUGUCCUGUCUCAUGUUGUUUUAUGUGGUUGUAUUUCUUGAUUUU